CUCUUGCAGAGUUCCAUCUGCGCCACACGCAGAGACACAUCCUUCCGGUCGCCCACGCUGGACCGUCAGCCGGUCAGUCGAACGGAGGAGGAUCCGCACAUCACAGUCACAGACGCAACGGGGCAAACACGGGAGCGCCGACACUCCAGAGGCGGUUAGAGUGAUAUGGCGGGCAAAAAAGGCGGCGCCGAGGGCAACAGCAAGAAGGCUGCGGGCCAGGCCCGCAAGGCCGAAGCCGCGGCGAAGAAGGCGGCGGCUGCUGAGGCGGCGCGCGAGGCUGCCGAGGCGGCCAAGUGGGAGCAGGGAGUGAAGAGCAAUGCGAAAAAGGAAGCCGAAGCAGCAAAGAAAGCGGAACAGGCUCGGAAGAAGGCGGAACGCGAUGCCUUACUCGCCGAGGAGGAGAAAAAUACCCCGGGCCGAUCGGCGCCCAAGAAUGCCAAGACAGCAGUCAAGAAGAGCAGGGGGCUGGACCUGUCGCAGCUAGACGGCGACACUGGCAAAGGGCUGCCGGCGCUGAGCGCAUCGGGCAUCGACAAUGCUCUGGACGCACUCUCGCUGACAUCGCAGUCUGAUAUCAAGAUCGACAGGCAUCCCGAGCGGCGGUUCAAGGCGGCCUAUGCGCAGUUCGAGGAGCGACGGCUCAAAGAGAUGGACGCGGAUGGCAGCGGCGCAGGUCUCCGGCUGAACCAGAAAAAGGAGAAGAUCAAGAAGGAGUUUGAGCGCAGCCCGGAAAACCCGUUCAAUCAGCUCACGGCACGCUACGACGCUUCCAAGGACGAGCUAGCCCAGCUGAAAGAGCAGGAACGCGCCAAAAUCGAGGCCCGCCUGACGUCCAAUCCCUGAACGCUGAAGUGUCCAUACGAGGGCAAGAAUCCGAGAAAAAGAGGGGCGGUUUAUGCCGGGGGCUCUAUAUGCCGGGGGGCUCAUGCGCCCGGCCCGGACGGGAAGGGACGAGGAUAAGCGAAGGCGUCUGGGCCGAAGCGGUUGUCCAAUGCCAAUGGUGGUUCUGGUUCCCCCAGUCGAGCCUGAUGAAAAUCUCCGGCUUGAGGUGACGCGCGAUCGGCGAGGGGGGGCGCAUGGGAUAGUCGUGAACAGACCAUCUUAUUGCAUUGGAUAUAGGCAUGGGACUUCUGUCGCGGAGGAAGCAGACGGCGAGAGAGCUGAGACCCGCAGACCAUGUAGACGGCUAGGUAGUUAGCUGCAAAAGAACCCAGUGUGGCCCC